AUGUAACCACCAAUUUUUGAAAGUUAAUUAGAUCCUGAAGAAAUGGAAACAUGGCUUGCAGAAGUAGAAUUAGUACAUGAUAAAAUAAAAAAAUUGUCAACCGAUUAGGUAUAUUUAAUUAAUAAUUUUAAGGUGAAUUUUAAAGAUGAUGAUGAAGAGAUUACGAAGAUAAGAUAAAAACGAAUAGAAAGUGAAAAAAAGAAAUAAGAUAAUAAAAAAUAAUUAUAAAUUUAGAAAGAGGAGGAAGAAUUAAAAGGAAGAAAAGGAAAAGGAUAAAAUAAAGAUUAUGCUAAUUUUUGCAAAUAUUGUUAUUUAGAAUACAUAAAGCAGACAGAUAAAUGCUAUUGGUGUAAAAGAGAUACUUUGACUUAGGAAUGUAAAAUUAAUGAAUAAUUUAGAACGCUACAAUUAAUUAUUAGAGAAGGUUGAAAAAUAUAAAGAAGACAAGAGUAGAAAGCAAUAGAAGAAAUAGAAAUUUGAAUUAAUGGAGAAGACAGAGAAAAUUUUAUGGAAAAAAAGUACAUUUACACAUAGAAAAUGGGAAUAUUAUACUAGUUCAGAAGAAGAAUUUGAAUCUGAGCCUAUUUUACCAAAGGAUGAUCCAAAUUUCAAAGCUCUAGAAUUAGAUAUGUAAGAGAGAAAGAAAAGAAAAGAGGAAGACAUGAAAAAGGCAGAAGAAUUAAAAUAAAAAGGAAAUGAUUAUUAUAGUAAAGGUGAUUUUGACUAAGCUGCUUGGAAAUAUUCUUAAGCCCUUGAAUUAGUGAAAGAUAAUAAGACUUUGUGGUUGAAUAGAGCAAUUACAUAUAUAAAAUCAAACAAAAAUAAAAAGGCUAUAAAUGAUUGUACUAAAGUCAUCAAUUAUGCUGAAUGUUUUGAAAAUGGUUAUACUUAAAGCAAGGAUAGCUGUUGCAAAGCAUUUGCCAGGAGAGCAUUGGCUUAUUAUAAUAGAGAUCGCUUAGAGGAAGCACUCAAUGAUAUAAAUCAGGCCUAAGAACUUAUACCAAAUGAUAAAUGGGUAUAAGACCUUAAGAAGGAAAUAGAAGCGAAAAUUGAUCAUUAUCAAAGGUUGAAAUAGAAUGAAAAGAAUCAGAAGGAUGUAGAAGAAUUAACACAAGAUAAACAAAAUGAAUAAGAAGAUAAUAAUAAUGCAGACAACACUAAAGAUAAAUAUAGAGUUGUGGAAGAAAACCUUACUUAUAAAUAAAUAAUUGAUAAAUUUGUUGGAGAAGAAGAAAUAGAACUUUUAUCAUUAUUUAAAGUAUUAAAGGUUGAUUCAAGUGAAGCUACUGCGUAUUUUUAUGAGAAAAAUGGAUUAAAAUAACUCUUAUCAAUAAUAUCUAAAAACUAAGAAAAAUUAAACGAUUAAUUAAAUGUAAUUAUACUCAUUAUCAUUAGAUUUUGGCAAGUUUACCUGCUUUGAUAUUAUAGGUUUAUCAAGAUAAAAGUCUAUUGUAUUAAGAAUAAUUUCUCAUUUAAUAUAAUGGAAUUGAAGUUAUUUAUUAAAAAAUUAAGAUUUUGUUGAUUCAAGUUGGCACUAAAUCCUAAUCUGGAAUUUAUGAUAUAAUAGCAGAUUAUCUAGAUGUUUUAAAUGUAAUGGGAGAGGACAAACCCAGAUCUUUUAUACAAAAGCAUGAAAUAAUUAGAACUAAACUAUAUCCUGAAUUAUUUCAUAGAAUUACUUCUUUAUAUAAAACUGAAAAGGAUUUGGUUGCUAUAUUUUUAAGUUUUUGCAGUAAUUUAUGUUAUGGAUAGGGAACACCCUUAAAGAAUGUAUUUUUUGAAAAUAAAAAUGAAAUUAUUGUUAAAUUUAUAGAGUUAUUUGAAAAAGUAGAAAUUAAAUAAGAAAAUAUUAGAAUGAUGAAUUAAUUAUGUAAUCUAUUGUCAAAUUUGUUAACCGAAGAUAAAUAUAGAAUAUAUGUUUUAUCAAAAGAGUUGAAUCAAAAUUUUUUUAAGUCUUAUUUUAAAUUUAUUAAAUCUAUUUAAUUUAAAGAUAAUGAAUACAAUUUGUUAAAAGAAAAUGGAAUUGCUAUUUUGGUUAAUUUAACAUUUUAGAUUAAUUAAAUUUAAACAGAAUAUGUAAGUAAAAUAAACGAUUUAAUCCCUACUUUAAUUGGGUAUUUAGAGUCUGAAAAAGAUAGUUUAGUUUUAGAACGAGUAUUAACAAUAUUGACCAAAGUCAAUUAUGAAGAGAACAUCUUUAUUAUAUCUAAAUUUAUACAAUAAUACAGUAAUUAAUCAAUUCUAUGUUUACUUUAAUGGCUAUCAAGGAAAUCUCCUAUUGUGGUUAAUCAGUUAAAAUAACAAUAAAUAAAUCUAUUUGAAUUGCUUGAAUAAUUAAAAUUAUAAUUGCAAAGUGAUAAUGAAAUGAUAUAUUGUAAUUGUUGUAAUUUAAUUGGAUAGAUAAUUGAUCUAUUAUCUCCAAUAAAAGGUGAGGUCAAUGCUUGUUCAAUUUUUAAUCAAACAAUUCCUAGAUUGUUAAGUUUCGUAAAAGAUAAAACUGGGAAUUCUAGAAAAAAUUCAGCAAUACUUCUAGCAAAAUUAACUAAAGAUUAAGGCAAUUUAUAGAAAUUAAGGGAUUUACAUGGAAUCGAAAUCUUAUAAUCAGUGAUUGGUAAAUUGUGA